CAAUCGAAUUGCUCAAUAAUCGCAAAAAUUGUUUGCCAAAAAUAAACCGGCGCUCAAUUAAGGCUGACAAAGAGCUCAUCAUCAAUUAUAUGGCCACAAUUGGAGGAACAACAAAAUUUUAAAUUGUCGAGCGAAUGAAUACAAAAAGUAUGCGAAUGGGCGACAUAAAUAUCUCUUGCUUAUAAAUAAAAAAGCAGAAAGUUUAAAUACUGACACAAGCUGACAGUGGCGUUGGCCACUUAAUCAAAAUUCAGACAUGGGCAAACAAUUCGCAUUCAGCUCCGGCGCAGAUAACAGCAAUUAGCCCCAUUGCCAAAGUGAGUGCCAGAAAAGCCCCACCUAAGAGCCUGCCGACAGUGGCGAUUUAUAUGCUAGUCGAGAUAACAACUGGCGAAAUAGCCUGUACAAGUAUUAAAAGCAACUCACUAUUAAUAUAAUAACUUAGUAAUAUCUAUUAGCCAGAAGCGUUCGGCGUGUGUCCGCGAACUUGUCGUCAAAUAGUUGUCCGUUGCGAAGGCCAAGCGACGCGCCGUCGAAGCGCCAACGAACCCGAAAAACAGCUCGAAAAUUCCAAAAUCAAAUACAUAAAAUGGAUAUCCUUUCGACUCUAUUGAGAUUAUCUGUCAUUGGACUUGUGGCAGCGGCGAGCCUAAACGUCGGAUUUAGUGAAAAACAGUUGCAAUUUGCUGGCAACGGGUCAUACAUAUCCACUGAUGCCAGCCCCAUCUUCAACGUCUCUCUGAAUCUGUCCGAGUCAACGACGAAAAUCUGUCCAUCACUGCUGAAUGCAGAUUCCUUGAGCCAAACGGAACUUAUUAAUCGACUCACAGACCUCUGUCGCUAUGAUCGCCUGGAGGCUCCCAUAACGGUCAAUGAGACAGGCGACGUCAUGCCAAUUGGUGUGAAUGCUCGCUUCUAUAUCUAUGCGCUCAAGGAUCUGGAUUCGAACGACUUGCAGUUCAUGCUGCAAGGUUUGCUGCAGCUGCGCUACAACGACACGCGCUUGGCCUUUUCCGGCUAUGCCCCAAAUCGCGAGCCCAUUGUGGGCGAUGGUUCGUUGAGGAAUAUGCUGUGGGUGCCACACAUCUUUUUGGCAAAUGAGCAGAGCUCCAAUGUGCUGGGCACAAGUGAGAAGGAUCAGCUGACCACGAUUUAUCCCAAUGGCACCGUGCUCAUCUCGACGCGCAUACAAGCCACGCUGUAUUGCUGGAUGAACUUCCAAAAGUUUCCGUUUGACGAACAGAAGUGCACCACAGUACUAGAGAGCUGGAUGUACAACACUUCGAUUAUGCAGCUGCACUGGGAGCCCACAAAUCCAGUGAGCUUUCACACCCAACUGCAGCUAACAGAGUAUGAUCUGGAUGGCUGGGUGUGCAACGAGUCCAUCAGCAUCUCAGAUGCCUAUUCCAUGUCACAUGGCGCCCUGGAGGGCAACUACAGUUCGCUCAGCUUUACUGUGCAGCUUAGCCGCGAAGUGGGCUACUACAUCAUAGACUACUUUGUACCCUCCAUGAUGAUAGUGGCCAUCUCGUGGGUGUCCUUCUGGCUGCAGGCGGAUCAGACUCCGGCGCGGUCCAUGCUGGGCUGCUCGACACUUUUGUCGUUCAUCACACUCUCGCUAUCGCAGGAGAAUAGCUUGUCGAAAGUCAGCUAUGUGACCAUGUCCGAGGUGUGGUUCCUAGUUUGCACCGUCUUCAUCUUUGGCAGCCUCAUGGAGUUCGCCUUCGUGAACACCAUUUUCCGACGCAACAACAAUCUGGAGGUCAAGAAACGCACCACCAAAUACAUUGUGCGCUCGACUUUUGUGCCCAAGAUGAGGCGCAACCCGCGCAGCUUCAAUCGCAGCAGCAGCACAAUGAGCAGCUGCAGCAAGAUCUCUGGUGGCAACCAGAAGAACACAGUCAUCACCAUCGAGACGCCCAUCAUCAUAGGCAAUGGCCUGAGCAGAGAGAACUCGACGAUAAGCAUGGAGGAGAAUGACGCGAGCAUAUCGUCCAGUUCCACAGCGACGCUGACCGAGACGCCGAAAGAGAAGCCGCCGCAAACCUUUGCCACAAUGACGCCCAAGGAGGUAUCGCUGUGGAUCGAUCACAAGAUGCGCUUUGUCUUUCCUCUCGCCUUCCUAAUAUUCAACGCAUUCUUCUGGACGCUGGUCUACUGCCUGUGACCAGUGGGUACUGGCCUGGGGAAUGCAAUGCUCAAAGUUCAAAUACGACCAAUUAGGAGCAGACGAAACUGUGCUGUGAUGAUGCCACAACUGUGCUGCAAUAUAACAGUUUUGUCUAUAGCCUUUAAGUAGUCUAGUUUAUGUGUCAUAUAGUCAUUUAGUAUUCGUAUUUAUGGAUUUUAUAUUAAACACUAAUUUGUGUACUCGAUCUGUGGCAU